AUGGAGGUCUCAAAAGUGGAUCUCGAGGUAAAAAAUCCUACCGAUGAUCUUCUCGAGCAUAUCGAACUUUUCGCUGCCGGUGUCAUUCCUGCCUCCCUUAGCAAUGACGAGGGGAAGCGACUUCGAUUUCUCGAAGCCGCCAAGAUGGCCUCGUUGAGGCUCGAGCAACCAUGGGACACCAUGCAGCGGUUGAUAUUCUGCUCACUUCCGCCGAACAUAGCCCAGGUGGGCAUAGAUCUGGGAUUGUGGAAGCUGCUGACUGAGCACGGAGAUGCGGCAAUAAGCGUGAGCGAUAUGGCUGCUCAGUUGGGCGCCGAAGAGGCACUGUUGAAGAGAGUGCUGCGCUAUGCGACAACGCAGUGGAUGGUCGAGCAAGUUGGCGUUGACAUGUUUCGGGCGACGAACAUCACGCGUUACCUGUCAAUGUCCGGGCUGGAGUCGGUAGUAUUUCAUGUAACGGAGAGGAAUAUUGCAUUGUACAAUGCAAUCCCCAAAUGGCUGGCCACCAAUUCCUACAAGCAGCCACAGGACAGCAAAAACCUUCCUUUCAAUCUAAGCAAGAACACAGAUCUGCACUUCUUUGAGUGGUUGUCACAG